AUGAUGGUUCCCCCUCUGGAAGAGGAUCAAGUAGUGCCCCAUCCAGCAAACUAUGAGGACACACAUUCCUUGACAGUCCUAACACUACUCACACCCUUGGUUUUGAAGAAGGAGCUGAUAGAGGAUGAUGACAUUGAGGAGGUUAACGGAGCCGUGGAUUCAGAGGCCUUUGAGCCCUCUGGAGAUGAUACUACCAGCGAGGAGUCAGAGCAUGUGAGCUCUGAUUAUGAACUAAAAGAUGUUGGGUACACUGCUACAUCAUCCUUGGAGGUCUUGUCAUCACUACCACCACCAUCCCAUGGGUUUUUCAGGCUACACAUCAUAUGA